AUGGCUGCUCUUGAAGACAGGUUCAGAGAUGACUUAGAGAAAGUAAGAAAAUGGAGGUCUGCUUUGUUUGAAGCUGCUAGCUUAUCAUCAGCAUGGCUUUUUGAAAAUGUUACGCAUGUUAGCUAUGCAUUUGUUAUGCUGCCUCCCAAACGCUUCCAUAGCACUGAUUACACGGUUGGACUUGAGCCUCACAUAGAAAAAGUGAUGUCCCUUGUAAAUAAAUAUGAUGAUAGUGUUUGUAUGUUGGGGAUUUAUGGAACUGGAGGGAAAGGCAAAAAAACUCUUGCAAAGGCUGUUUACAAUUCAAUCUUCUACCAAUUUGAAGGUUCAUGCUUUUUGUUUGAUAUUAGAGAAGAAUCAAACAAAUACAAGGGCAUUGUUCUUCUUCAACAGUCACUUCUAUCGGAAAUUCUUGAGGAAAAGAAGAUGACUUUUAGUAGUAUUGAUGACGGAAUAUCUAGAAUAAAACACAGACUCUCUCACAAAAAAGUUCUGUUAGUUCUUGAUGAUGAUGACAUUGAACAAUUAGAACAACUUGCAGGCAGAAUAUUAGAAGCUUGUGAUUAUGGAGCAAGAUUUUAUAUUGAAGUUCUUGCGGAAAAGUCUCUAAUAACUAUUAGUGAUAAUGGUCGCCUGGACAUGCAUGAUUUAAUACAACAAAUGGGAAAGCAAAUUGUUAGAAAGGAGACAAAGUCAGAUCUUGGUAAACGAAGUAGAUUAUGGUAUUACAAAGAUGUGCUCAAAGUAUUGCCAGAAAAUUUGAAGUUUGAACAUGUGACACAUAUGGAUUUCUCACAUUGUGAAUUUAUAACUGAAGUACCUGAUAUGUCUCAGUUCCAAAGCCUAAGAAGAUUUUUGUUUCAAGGGUGUCGCAAUCUGCUCAAAGUUCAUGAUUCAGCGGGCCGGGAUCUCUCUCCAGGUUGGUUCGAUUAG